GUCGGGCAGUGCAACUAUGCCUGUUGUGACUGUCAGGGAGGCUGCAGGAAUAGUAAGAGGAUGGUAGCUCAAGAGAACGCCCUGCCUGGCCGCGGAUUUGAAGACCACGACGUCGAAACAGCAUGGGGUGUGGUCGAGAAAGUCCGCACCCUCCUCGAGCUGCUGCGCGGGGAACAGGAGAACAUCUAUCGGGAGGAGAACGCCAAGGCCCUCCGCGAGUUCGGACACCACGACACGAACAACGACAUGAAGCUGUCCAAGGAGGAGGCUCUGGAGAUGCUGAAGAAGAUGGAGUAUGUGGACAUCAGCGAACUGCCCGAUGACUGGUUCGAGUCCAUGGACAAGGACAACAGCGGGUACAUCGAGCCUGAGGAGUACGAUGAGGACAUGGCCAAAACCUUGAAGUAGCCUCGGGAGGACCCCGGAAUG